AUUGUGAAGAAGACGAUGAUGACUUGGAUUCACGUCUUGAAUUGGAUUAUCAAAUUGGUGAAGAUAUAAAAGAAAAACUUAUUCCUCGCGCCAUUGAUUGGUACACUGGUAAGGCUUUAGAGGCGCUUAGUUGA